AUGUCAUUGAAAUGGGCCUUUUCUCGUUCACAUUCAACUUCAUCGACUAUUGAUCCAACACUUUUCGAACAAUUUAACCGAUUGCUCCUAUCAAAGAGUAAUGCCCAAGAAUCUCAUCAUUUACCGGCUGUGUUGGUGGAUUUGAAAGCCUUUGAUAGAAACGUGGCUCUUCUUCGUCAUCAAAUGUCUUCGCAUACAGGAACAACGAUACGUAUUGCCUCAAAAUCACUGCGUGUUCCUUUCUUAUUGCAACGUAUUCUAUCAUCUGGUCUGCCAUUUAAAGGGCUGAUGUGUUUCGCUGUGGAAGAAGCUCAAUUUUUAUCAAGCUUAGGCUUCGAUGAUUUCUUAAUUGCCUAUCCUUCACAGCAGCUAUCAGAUUAUGCAAUUCUGAAAGAUUUACACGAUCGUCAGAAGAAAACAGUGAGCAUUGUGGUCGAUCAUCCAACAUCGAUAAAGGAAUUGAAUCGUUUCAUGGAGGGAAUCAGUCGACCAUUUCCGAUUAUCUUAGAAUUCGAUGCCUCGUUCCGAGCCUUAGGUGGACGCGUUCAUAUAGGUGCACGUCGGAGUCCAAUACGAACCAUUGCUCAACUCAUUGAAAUGAUCGAAUUCAUUCAGCGAUUACCAUUUCUCCGCUUAGAAGGUUUCAUGGUCUAUGAAAGUCAUAUUGCUGGCAUAGGUGAUACAAACCCUAAUAAUUUCUGGUUGAAUCCAUUGAUUCGUUACGUCAAACGUAUUUCGAUAUCUCACAUUCAACAACUUAGACGAGAGAUGAGCCAACUCUGUUCCAAAUAUGGCUUGACCAUAUUGAAUGGAGGUGGAACCGGCAGUCUGAUGGCGGCUUUGGAGGAAAGCUCGGUUUUGACGGAAAUCACUGUCGGUUCUGGAUUUUUUCAACCUCAUCUAUUUGACCAUUAUCAGCAAAAUCAAGCAAUGCUCAAUCAAUUUGGUUCGACAUUUGUGCCAUCCUGUUACUUUGCUCUGCCUGUCGUGCGCGUAUCUGAUGAAGGAAAAUGGGUAACAUGUGCUGGUGGUGGAUAUGUUGCAUCCGGUCGACCAGGAUGGGAUAAAGUGCCAUUACCGGUCUUUCCUUUGGGUUUGACAUUGAAUGAUAGUGAAGGGCCAGGUGAAGUACAAACACCAUUAAGAAUUGAUCCGACUCGAAGAGAUGAAACGUUGAAGAUCUUCGAACAAAAUCGAACGGUUUAUUUUCGACAUGCCAAGGCUGGCGAGUUGGCUGAACGAUUCAUGUUUUUUUUUCAUAGUAGCCGAUGGACACAUUGUUGA